GGGGGGGGGGGGCGGAGCCGCGACGCCGUUGCGGUUGCGGCUUCCUCCUCCUCUCAUCCCCCGCCCGGAGCCGCGGCAGCGGAGGGACCCGCACGGCCUCGAAAGUUUGUGCAGAUUGAUCGUCUCGUGGCGCGCCAUGUCGUCUAAUACUUCGACCAGCCCGCCGGCGGCUCCGUCGCCGCCGACGAAGAGCAGCCCUGCUCCUUCGGCCGCCCCGCGGCCGUCAGCGGACUCGCCGUCCCCGCCUGUGGCUUCGUCCUCUCCGGCGCCACCCGAGCCCAGCGGCUCCUCGCCGCCGGCGAGGUCCCGUGGCUCUGCGAUCUCGCCGGCCAAGACCCACUCUCCAUCUCGACCACCACCGGAGCAAUCGUCUAGAGGCUCACAUGGCGGUGGCAGUCCGCCGCCACCGGUUUCUACGCACCAUGGCGGCCCCACCAUGGUGGAAGUCGUUUUCGCCGCUGCCGGCGCCGCGGCGCUCCUCGUCAUCCUCAUCGCCGCCUGCGUCUGCUGCUCGAGGAGGACGGCGCCGAGGAGGAGGAAGAGACCUCACAAUCCCAUGCAUUACUACGGCGACACGUCAUCAGCGUACAGAGGGAACAGCACGUACUGCACGAGUGGGCCGCAGCAGCAAUGGCAGAGCGACGCCGGCGCGGCAGCGACGCCGAUGAGCAGCUUCGGCCCGCCGGGGGGUGGCUGGCACGCGCCGCCGCCGCCCGACAUGACCUCCGGCGUGUACUUCAGCUCGCCGCAGCCGCCGCCGUCACCACAUGAGGCGCUGGGGCUCGGCAAGGGUACCUUCACCUACGAGCAGCUGGCGGCGGCCACGGCCAGCUUCUCGCCGGCGAACCUGCUCGGGCAGGGCGGGUUCGGGUACGUGCACAAGGGCGUGCUCCCCGGCGGCAGGGCGGUGGCCGUGAAGCAGCUCAAGUCCGGGAGCGGGCAGGGGGAGCGCGAGUUCCAGGCCGAGGUGGACAUCAUCAGCCGGGUGCACCACCGCCACCUCGUGUCCCUCGUCGGCUACUGCAUCGCCGGCGCCCGGCGCAUGCUCGUCUACGAGUUCGUGCCCAACAAGACCCUCGAGUUCCACCUCCACGGGAAAGGGCAGCCGGUGAUGGAGUGGCCGACGAGGCUCCGCAUCGCGCUGGGGGCGGCGAAAGGGCUCGCCUACCUGCACGAAGACUGCCAUCCUCGGAUCAUUCACCGCGACAUCAAGUCCGCCAACAUUCUUCUCGACAACAACUUCGAAGCAAUGGUCGCGGACUUCGGGCUGGCCAAGCUGACCUCCGACAACAGCACGCACGUCUCGACCCGCGUCAUGGGCGCGUUCGGGUACCUGGCGCCGGAGUACGCGUCCAGCGGGAAGCUGACGGAGAAGUCGGACGUCUUCUCCUACGGCGUGAUGCUGCUAGAGCUCCUGACGGGGCGGCGGCCCGUCGACAGCGGCACCGCCACCAGCUCGUUCCUUGAGGACAGCCUCGUCGACUGGGCGAGGCCGGCCCUGUCGCGCGCGCUGGCCGACGGCGACUACGACGGCGUCGCGGACACGAGGCUGCACGGCAGCUACGACCCCGUGGAGAUGGCGUGGCUGGUGGCCUGCGCCGCGGCCGCGGUGCGCCACUCGGCCAAGAAGCGCCCCAAGAUGAGCCAGAUCGUGAGGGCGCUGGAGGGGGACAUGUCGCUGGAGGACCUGAACGAGGGAGCGCGGCCCGGGCAGAGCAUGACGCUCGGCACCGCGGCGUCAGAGCCCUCGUACAAGGCCCACAGGGCUCCCGGGCGGUACACGUCGGACAUGGAGAGGAUCAGGCAGGCGCCGAUGGAGAUCGGGGAGUACAGUGGCUGCGCGGUCACCGGGUUCGGCCGUCCCUUCGACGACGACGACGAUUUGAGUCCGGUGAAGGGCCGGUCGCGCCGGUAGAGCAGGCUAGCAGCAGCUGUUGACCUGCCGUGGACGCCAGUGCUGUCGGACCGUUGCGAUUCAUGCUCGCCGCGCCCGUUGUUGAUUGCGCGAUCUUCCUGCUCUGGCGUCUGUGAACAGCUGCCUUGCCUCUUCUUUUCCACCAGUCGCCUCUGACGCAGCCUGCAAGCUGAUGUACAUAUCGACAUUAGUCACACGGAGAGAAUGUGUAGAUGAAACGAUUGUGUUUUGUCGAGCAGAGCAAAGCAUGCAAGAAUGGUUGGCAUCGGGCCACCCAUGC